UUUCUCUGGCCCCACUAUUCAUUGUCGAGAAAUAAAGGAGAAAUUCUCCAAAAAUUUCUUUGGAAGGUAGAGGAAUCCUCUAUCCUUGCGGAGAAAUCUUUCAGAGAUCCGCCUGUAAAUGGAUCUUUAGUUGAAUAGCGAUACAACCAUUUCCAGCUGGAGCUUUUGGCAUUGUAGCCUGAAGGCUUUGGUUGGAUCUUUUAUCUUCUGUGAUCCUCAAGUGUCCGUUAUUCUUGGGUACAUGGAAGUCACUGUAAUUCUUCCAAUUAGAAGCUAUAUUGACAUCAGUUAUAAUGGAAAUCAUAUUUAAAAAGAUGAUCAUCUUUCUUUUUAAGAAUAAGUUAUUCAAAGUGAUUUUCUUAUGAUUGUCUUUUUCUGUUUAAUGCCCCUGUAGAUAAAUAAAGGAUAUAAUUCCAAGAUGAGUUCUCGGGAUUCUUGUAUGGAGGGUGCAAAAUUUAAUAUGGUGAAUGGGUCUGAAAGACAGGAAAGGAAAUCUCACCAUCAAUUAAAAUACAAGUCUUCUGUUCUUUGUUCCAACCCUUUCCCUCGCCAGAACUCUUCGUUAAAUAGCUGUAAAGGUUCCUCUGAAAAAACUGCAGUCUGUGACUGCAAAAGAGGUAGGAUGAGCUCUAAGCUUUCCGUUGAAAGGAUAGGAUCAGAUUCUCUUUCUAACCAUCCUGGCUCCUAUGGUGAGAAAAUUGCUAAUGAACAAGAAAAGCCUUGGUUGCAUGACGAUGAUAAUCAUACCUAUAAGGCACCAAAGAAUGAAAACCACUCUAGAACUUCAAAUUUGAUACAUCGGUGCAGUGAGUUCGUGGGACCUGAGAGAGGGCCCUCUGCAAGGAUGUCAAAGGUGUCAUUAUUGGGUUAUAUUUCUGCUCGCAUGCUUUUUCAUUCAGAAGUGGCAGUUGCAAAUGUUUUGGCUAGAAAAUCAUGUGUUUCACAUUCAUGCAGGUGGAGAAACUUGGUGGCGAAUGAGCUAAAAACCGGGUACCCAGUCAGAGUUAAAACUGAUCCAACAAAUGAACUGAGAGUUGCUAAACGAGUCAAUGUUGAAUUUCCUCUGCAAGAUUUUGUGGCAAAUGCAUCACAUGCCAGAUUGCCUCUGUUGCAAAUCCGACUAAAGGGUCAGUAUUUUAUUUAUUUUUGCCCCCCUUCCUGUUUUAUCUAUUGGCAUGUGCACAUGCCAAUGAGAUUCUGCUUGUGUAUUUAUUGCGAUCUUGCAUGUUUGUACACAUAGGCAUCUAUCACACAUGUAUGUUCGUAAUUAUUGUGUAUGGCUGUAAUGCAUGUUCACUCUUGUUUGUGCUCUUCCUUAGGAAAUAUUUUGGUGGCGCUUUGCUUUGGUUAUUAGUUUAUGAGAUUAACUUUACAAAUCAUUAAAUAGUGUUGCUUUGAUUGGUACCUCUGGCCAUAUGAGUGGCUAUUGGAGCAACAUUUAUGUGUCUGCGUGAGCGCCUUUCAAGUGAUGAGGAAAACACAAUACAAUUGUCUGGGUUAAGCAUCCUACUGGCC